CAAAAUAUGACGGAACAAUGCAACACAACAAACCAAAAUUUGAACAUCACUAUGGAAGAUAUCCAAUUAACUACAACCCCUCCUUCGAAGCUACAAACAAUAGAUAGGAGAAAAAACUUUGUUAAUAGAAAUGAUCUGGUGAGAUUGAUUGUGCAAGCAUUGUAUACUUUGGAUUAUAAAGAAAGUGCAGAUUUGUUGGAAAAAGAGUCUGGCAUUGAUUACCUUUCAAAAGAUAUUUUACAGUUAAAAAAUUGUAUUUUAAAAGGAGAUUGGAAUCAAUCACUCAAUAUAAUUGAUCAAACACUAAACAACUCAAAUUGUAAGAAUAUUAAUGCCGUAAAGUAUUACAUACUCGAGGAAAAAUAUAUGGAACAACUUUGUGAUAGAAAUGCAGAAAAAGCAUUGAUUACUUUAAGAGAAGAGAUUACUCCUCUUGUAGUAUCAAUUCCCACUCAAAACAAUUAUACUUCUACUGUUACUAACAAUAGUACAAUAACUGUACAUAAUUUACAACAAUUAGCAAGUUAUCUUGUUUGCACUAAUAUAGAAGAUUUGAAAAAUUUGUCUAAAUGGAAAAGUAUCGAAGGUGGAUCAAGAAAUGAACUUUUGGAACAAAUUCAAAAAUUGAUUUCCCCUUCAUUGAUUAUUCCAGAAAACAAAUUAGAACAACUAUUAUUAACUGCCGUAGAAAAUCAAAAAAGAGAUUCAAUGAGUGAUGAGGAUAUUGAUGAAAAUGAUAUGGAUGAGUCUGAAGAUGGAGUUGUAUUGUUGAGCAAAAAGUUUUCAAUUAAUGAAGAAACUUCCAUUAGGAAAAUUCCAAACAAGAUACUACUUACUUUGGAGGAUCACGGUGACGAAGUUUGGAUAUGUAAAUUUUCUAAUAAUGGACAAUUACUGGCAACUUCUAGUAUUGACCAUUGUAUCAAUAUUUAUUCUGUUGAAGAAGUGUUAUCGAUAGAAAAAACGAGCCCAAAAUUCAAAUUACUUUCCUCUGGAAAUGUAGUAUCACUUUGCUUUUCCCCGGAUGAUAAGGAUUUGCUAGCUGCAACAUGUGACGGAAACGUACACAUCUGGAAUAUUGUUAGUGGUGAACAAAGGGCUUGUUUGAAAAAUUUUUCAAAUAUUGUGGCAGCUUUUUGGAAUGAAAGUGGGAAUCAAUUUAUUACUAUUUCUUCUGAAAAAAGCUCACAAAUAUCUGUUUGGGAGAAAGAUUCAGUUACCAUUACAAAAUCAUUCAAAAUUGAUACACGUAUUCAGGAUGCUUCUUUAUUGAAAGAUAAUUUAAUUAUCGUGGCUACUCAUGAAAGACAAUUACUUUGUUACAAUUUGGAGGAGAAAAAACUUGUAGAGAAAAUGAGUGAGGAUUAUCUCAUAACAAGUCUCUGUUCUAGUAAGACUGGAAGAUUUGUAUUGGUUUCUUUCUGUUCUGAAGAUGAAGAUGAACCUGCUUUAAUUCAUUUAUGGGAUUUAAGGGAAAAGAAGAUUAUUUCAACAUUUGAAGGUCUUUGGUCUUUAAAAUAUGUGAUGAGACCAAUUUUUAUGGGAAGAGAUUUGGUGAGUUGUGGAAGUGAAGAUUGUAAAAUUUAUAUUUGGAACAAAUCUACUGGUGAGCUUAUUGAGACUCUUACUGGUCAUUCAGGAGUUGUAAACUCUGUCGAUUACAAUGUAAAGUUUGGACUGAUAGCUUCUGCCAGUGACGAUACAACAGUAAAGAUUUGGCGUGAUUAAAAAUAUUUUCAACAUAAAAAAUCUAUUACUUAGU